UCUAAGCAACAACUUAACACACUCGUUCAAUUGUUCUUUCCGUUUGCGACAUUUAACACGCUCUUUUGUCUCUCAUUCAUAUACCCUCGCUACAUUAAUCCGAACUGUUUGACUCGACGUCAUUUCACACCACCACCACAAUCUAUCUAUCAAUCCUUCGAAAACUCUUCUUUUGCGAUUGUUGAUGCGGAAACAGAAAGAAAGAUGGAUUUACACCAUUUCCGCGCCCAUCAAGGCUCUUUCUCUCCUUCCAACCCCUCAAACCCAGAACUCACGAUCACGGGAUCGCAAACCAGCAAUUCUCCCACAACAGCACAAACAUUCAUCUACCAACCCAACCCCCUGAUUCCCCAACGCGGCAUCCUGAAAAGCAUCCCUUGGGGCCAAGAAGACCAAGAACUGCAACCACAACCCCAAACCCUCUCCCAAUCAUCCUUCUCCUCACCCCUCGCCUCGCCCUCUCACCUUUUGCCGGGAGGAAUGCCCGUCCCGGGCGCCGUCGGUGGUGGGGGAUUUAGCUACGUGAAGAGUACGAGGAGGAUUACGCCGUAUAGGGGGUUUGCUUAUACGCCUACUCGUAAGUUUCCCCUUCUUUUCCUCUCAUGUGAAAGAAGGUGUGUUGAUAAAAUACCUAGGACCAUCGACGGGACGGCUGUCGAGGAUUACGAUUGGGGAUCCGGAUCGGCAGUGUGGGUUCUGGUGUUGGUUUAUGUUUUUGUUUGCUUGUGCGGCGAUUUUGGGGUUGGGGAGUAUGUGGUUGUUGUGAGUUUCCCCUUUGAUUUCUUGAGUUUGAGUUGGCUGAUAGGUGGGGUUGUAGUCAGGUGUUGAUUUUUGCGCAUCGGGACUGGCCGGCGGAUGAAUGAUUGAGAUGAGGGGGAGUGUGUAGGAUUUAGGAGAGAUAUUAUGAUUGAUGAUAGAUACAUACCCUGUUUUUGUAGUUUGACCAAGUCUUUGGAGCGGUUCUUGUAGGAUAUGAGGUUAGAACACUUAGAGGGAGGGA